AUGGUGGACAGGGCACCGUCCUCCAGCGUCCCUAUUGCAGAUGAUUGCCGGCUCCAUGGCAACGCGGCAUUCAAAUCGCAUAGAUACGAGGAGGCCAUCGCUUUCUUCACGCGCGGCCUGGACUCCCUGGGAUAUUCUCCUGAAAACUCGCAAGAUGGGAGCAGCCUGCGCCAGACUCUCCUCUGCAACCGCGCUCUGGCAUGGUACAAGCUGGGGGAGUGGGAGGAGAGCCUGCAGGAUGCGCGAGCCUCCUUGGCCCAGGCCACCGACCCAGCCGCCGUCCAGAAGGCUGCCUUCCGCUGUGCCGCGGCGUGCCUGAUGGCCGGACGCGACACAGAGGCGGUAGAGCAUGCUGCCAGGCUGGGGGGUAUUGUCCCAGAUGGGCGCGGACCUGGCCUGUUGACAGCCCGGCUGGAGGCCCUGGCACACGCCAGGGCCUCGGCGGGGCCCACUGGUGCCAUGGAGGCGGCGCUGCAGGGGCAGGUCGCGGCGCUGGAGUCGGACCUGGACGGCGGCGAGGACGAGGACGUGGACGUGGCGGCGGUUCUGGGCUUCGUGCGGGACUGCCUGGCCCGCGCCCCUUUCCUCCUGGCCGCAGUGCCGCGCCUGCAGGCCCACCUCCUCGCCCUCCUGCCGUCGCACGCCCUCCUGGUAUCCGCCGCACUCGAGGCCUGUGCGGCAGGCGCCCACGUCCUGUGGCCGCUGUCCCUCUUCGACUGCCUCGCGGCCAUCGGCUGCCAGUCUGGGGACGGUCAGGCGGAGCCCGGCGCAGCAGCCCUGCAGCUGCUGGCCUGGUCGGCGGCAAAGGAUCCGUGGGUGGCUGGCCAGGUGAUCGCCGCCCCCCUGGCGGGGCGGGGGUCGAGGAGCGCGGCGGCGAGGGUGGUGCUGGCCCUGGAGGACGCCGCCUGGGUCGCCGGCGCGCGGGCCCCCACCCUCCUGGCCGCCCUGGCCUUCGUCGAGGCCGCGGCGGCUGCCGGCGCCGAGGCGCUGCUGGCCACCGGUGGCCGCCCGCUGCAGACCCUGGUGGGCCUGUGGGACUUGGCGGCAGCUGCGGCGGCCACGGUCGCGCAGGCGGAAGAGGCGUGCAGCCCCGCAGAGCUGGCGGCCGAGGUAGCGCUGCCGGCCGCGGAGCGCGAGGCGCUGCGGGAGCUGCGCGGCAAGCGGGCCGCGGUCUUUGACCCGCGGCUGGUGCGCGUGCGGCACGCCACGCUGCGCGCGCUGCGCGCGGUGGUCGGCCAUCGUGGACUGGUCCGCGCUGAGCUGCCGGCGGUGCCCGGUCUGCUGGAUGUCGUGAAAUCGUUGCACGCCGCGUCGCCCCAGAGAAUGACCAGGGUGUCGGGGCCCGACGGCUCGCCCGGGUCCUACCAGAAGCGGCGCUACGCGGCGGACUACACAGACAAUCCUGCAGGGGACUACCUGCUGACCCUGGACCUGCCGGGGAGCGAGGGGCUGCCCGAGGGGCCGACACUGCUGGAAGGCGCGCUGGGCACGCUUGGCCUGCUCGUGCGCACGAGCUGCGAGGCGGCCCAGGCGCUGGCUGGGGCGGGGGCGGUGCCGCUGCUGCGCGACCUGCUGGAGUACUCCAGCCCUGAGGUCGUGGAGAGCGCGUCGAGGCUCUGCGCCGCGCUGUGCGCGCGGAGCAAGGCCGCGCGGCGUGAGGUCCUGGAAAGCGCGUCCUCGGCCCUGCUGGGGUGUGCGCUGGCUGCGGCGGACGACCCGGGGCUGGUCGGCGAGGCGGCUCGGCGACUGGCGGUCAUUGUGGGAGAUUGCCCUCCGGCCGACCUGGCGGCGCUGACGGCGGAGCGGGGGGCGCUGUGGACCGCUCUGCGCGCGUGCCAAGCAAAGACGGGAGGAGGCGAUGCUCCCGACAGCGCGACAAUCGUCAGCACGUUCUCCAAAGUGCUGGCCCUGGUCCGGGGCUGCCUUGACCGAGCUCAGCGCACACAGCGACUUGCGCCGCGGCAGUGGCCGCGCGGGCCGGGCUGGGAUGCAGUGCCGCGGGAGGUGCGCACGCUCGUCCUCCCACCACCGGCCGCAGGGAAGGACACGCAGCCGCUCGCCUUCCCGACCCUGCCCAAGGGCUUCCUGAGAAGGGACGGGAAGGCUGAGGAGAGGCCGGCCUGGCUGGCGAAGCCCGAGGACAGCAGGGUCUCGUGGUCCCAGACCUCUACAGACGUCUCCUGCCUCAUCAGCCUCCCGCAGGGCACGCGGGCGGCCGAGGUUAGGGUGCGCUUUGCGCCGCUGCGCCUGGCGGCCGACUUGCGCUGGUAUGGCAAGCUGCUGGACGCGGAGCUCGUGGGCGGGCGUCAAGGCGACCGACGCCACAUGCUGCACAUCCUGCUUCCCAAGGCGGCGCCCGGCUGGUGGAAGGCGCUGCUGCGCGGCGGCGCCGAGCGCACAUACCACGAGCUCCUGCACGAGGCGGUGCACGCCGAUGAGCCGGUGACGGCGUACGACGAGCUGACCGACGACUCCAAGGAUCUCAUCGACUCCAUCCGGGAGAGGCAGGCCUACAUCGCAGCGGGCAUGCUGGACCCCGAGGGCUUUGACGACUUUCGCGUGGUCAUCGGCGAGAACAGCCUCCGAGGGUGA